GCUGAGCCGCCGCGUCCCGGUCUCUGACGCCGCGGAGCUCACGGCCGCCGCACCCGCGUCUCCUAAACCCGACAGAGUCUCCGCCAUUCCAGGGACCCUGGCUCCGUCGCCCACUUCACACAGAACCGGGUGACGCCAUUUUGUGCUCAGAGCCGCCACCGCUGCGGGCCGCGGGUGUAUGAGGUUCCGGAGUGAGAGCAGUUGUCGCGGAAACGAGGAUGGCGGAACCUGUGACCGGCUCCGGCGACCCCGGCUGCGAUCUGGUCGCCUCGGAUGCCGGGACGCGGCGGCUCAGCGAUCUGCGGGUGAUCGACCUGAGGGCGGAGCUGAAGAAGCGGAACCUGGAUACGGGCGGCAACAAGAGUGUGUUGAUGGAGCGGCUGAGGAAGGCAGUUAAGGAUGAAGGCCAGGAGCCGGAGGAGGUCAGCAUCAGCUGGGGAUCCGCGAGCAAGAGGGCUGUAAAGAGAUGCACCAAAGGACCCAAGAUGGAGGAGGAGGAGGGCGUCGAGGACAACGGCCUGGAGGAAGAUUCCAAAGAUGGGCAGGACCGGGUUGUGACUCUGCAGAGUUCACAAGACAGGGACACUAUGGAUACAGGUGUACCAGAUGGGACAGAGGCUGAGGACCUCAGUGAGCCCUGCCUGAGGGAGGGCAGCACCAACGACCACGUUCUUCAUGCCUUCGUUGACAGUAAAGAGUACGUGGCCGCGCAGCUGGGACAGCUUCCAGCUCAGCUCCUGGAGCAUGCUGUCCAUGAAGAUGUCUCCAGGAAGACUCUAGAAGCUUCCACGUCAGACCUUAAAGUAACUCUGGCUGAUGAAGGAGCCCCCUUGGAACCAGAAAAUGAGAAAAUACUCGACAUUUUGGGGGAAACUUGUAAAUCUGAGCCAGUAAAAGAAGAAGGUUCGGAGCUGGAGCAGCCCUUUGCCCAGGCCACGAGUAGCGUGGGGCCAGACAGGAAGCUGGCGGAGGAAGAGGACCUAUUUGAGAGCUGCAGCCACCCGGAAGAGGAGGAGGAGGAAGAAGAGCAGGAAGAGGAGGAAGAGGAGGAGGGAGAUUUAGCUUUGGCCUGCAGCAGUGAGUCUGAUUCUCCAAGCGCUCAGUGUCAGUGGAGCGAGGCAGACGCCCCGUUAGCGGUAGUGAAAAGGGAGCCGGCGGAGGCGCCGGAAGGAGGUGGAGGUAUCCUGCAGAGGCGGAGGCGAAAGCGCAAGCGUAAGCGCAGGAGGAAGAAGAAGAACCAGGCACAGGCCGAAGCCCUGGGCACAGGUGGAGGCGCCGGGAUGGACUGCGAGCCUGUAGGGCUAGAGGAGCCAGUUGAACAGAGUAGCACGGCUGCCCAGCUCUCGGAGGCCACCAGCCAGGAGCUGGUGCAAGCGCCCACGGCAGCCCUGAGCCCUGAGCCCCAAGAUAGCAAAGACGACGUGAAGAAGUUUGCUUUUGACGCUUGUAAUGACGUCUCUGCGGCUCCUAAAGAGUCCUCAGCCAGUGAGGGCGCUGAUCAGAAAAUGAGCUCUGUUAAGGAAGAACAGGAUAUAAAGCCAGUCAUUAAAGAUGAGAAAGGCCGUGCCAGCUGUAGCUCGGGAAGGAACCUGUGGGUCAGCGGGCUGUCCUCCACCACACGCGCUACUGACCUCAAGAGCCUCUUCAGCAAACAUGGGAAGGUCAUCGGGGCGAAGGUGGUCACCAACGCCCGCAGUCCUGGGGCUCGGUGCUAUGGAUUUGUGACCAUGUCCACGUCAGAUGAGGCUACCAAAUGCAUCAGCCACCUACAUAGAACCGAACUGCAUGGGAGGAUGAUCUCUGUGGAGAAGGCCAAAAACGAACCCUAUGGGAAGAAGUCGACAGACAGGAGAGCUUGUGACCAGAAGGAGAAGGUGCCAGGGCUGGACAGGCCUCACCCUGUGGAGAUCAAGACGGAGAAAACUGUGAUCAAGAAGGAAGAGAAACUGGAAAGAAAGGAGGAGAAAAGGCCGGAAGACAUUAAAAAGGAGAAAGAUCAGGAUGAGCUCACUCCGGGAGCUGCCAGUCGAUCUCAAGUCACCAAAUCAGGAAGCAGAGGCACGGAGCGUACAGUCGUGAUGGACAAGUCCAAGGGCGAGCCCGUCAUCAGUGUGAAGGCCACAAGCAGGUCAAAGGACAGACAGAGCUCCAAAAGUCAAGAGCGCAAGUCAGAGGGCAGGGAGAAGAGAGAUAUCCUGUCCUUUGACAAGAUCAAGGAGCAGCGGGAGCGAGAACGCCAGAGGCAGCGGGAGCGGGAGAUCCGAGAGACUGAGCGGCGACGGGAGCGGGAGCAGCGGGAGCGGGAACAGCGACUGGACGCCUUCCAGGAGCGGCGUGAGAAGGCACGCUUGCAGCGGGAGCGGCUGCAGCUCCAGUGCCAGCGGCAGCGGCUAGAGCGCGAAAGGCUAGAGCGGGAGCGCCUGGAGCGUGAACGCAUGCGAGUAGAGCGGGAAAGGCGCAAGGAGCAGCAGCGCAUUAUGCGUGAGCGUGAGGAGCUGCGGAGGCAGCAAGAGCAGCUUCGCGCUGAGCAGGAGCGGCGGGCACUGCGCAGGCCCUACGACCUGGAUGCCAGGAGAGAGGAUGGCUACUGGCCUGAAGGGAAACGCGCAGCCAUGGAGGACAGGUACCGAGACUUCCCCCGACCGGAUCACCGCUUCCAUGACUUCGACCACCGGGAGCGUGGCCAUUACCAGGAGCAUGUCAUAGACAGGAGGGACGGGUCCAGACCAGGGAUGGAGGAACGGGAUGGACAGUACUACCUAGAUGACCACCACGGCCAUGGAGGGCUCCUUGAGCACCAUGGUUGGGACUCCCGAGAUGGCUGGCGUGGCUAUAGCUGUGACAAGAAGUUAAACGAAGACCAAGGGCUGCCUCCUCCCCCCAGGGUCAACCGAGAAUGGGCAGAGCACAACUCACGGCUGGAGGAGCAGCAGGUUCCCGCCUGGCACGGUGCUGUGGACACAAACAUGACGGGCCAUGAGCACAUACGGUGGCGAGGUGCUGAGCGGGGCAUAACAGGACCUGGGCAUGGGCAUGUGGCAGCAGGCCGCGGUGGCAUGGCUGGGCAAGGCAGCUUUGCACACGGUGGACAUUCCCAGGGUCAUGUGGUGCCCAGUGGUGGACUAGAAGGUGGUGGCGUGACGAGCCAGGACCAGGGUGGCCGAGUCCCCCAUCCCCACCCUCACCCUCAUCCUCACCCCCACUCCCACUCUCACCCCCAUUUCACCCGCCGCUACUGA